AAACCCAUUUUCCGAGAUCGUCUCUUGACACAAACCCAACGCGUUUCUUUCUUCAACCGUCGUUAAAACCCCCCCAUAUCUCUUUCUUCUUCUUCUUCACUGGCGAAAAUGGCGACACCAACAUUCAACAAAUCCAAAUCCACUCAAUCCGCCGUCGUUUGGGACUGCGGAAGCUCUCUCUACGAUUCCUUCGAACUCAACUCCCUCAAACGCCAACUCGAUUCAGCAAUUGCUUCAAGAACUCUGUCCAUGCCUCACCUCCCCGGCCGCCGCUGCCUUCUUCCUCCUCCUCCUCCUCCUCCACCCCCGCCUUCCAAAAGAUCAUCCAAGAUUUCUAGGUCUCUGCACAAAUUUCUCCGGUCGGUUUUCAGGCACAAGACCAAUUCGAUCCCUGGCAGCUUUGAGGCUAAUCCGGAACGAGUCGACGAGGGAUUCUACGUUCUUUAUGAAGAUGAAUCGAAUUCACUUUCUGCUGUUCCGGAGGUUGGAUUCCCCGGAUUUUCGCCUGAAAUUGGGUCUUUAGUUCGGCGGACGACGUCGGAGAGAUUCACGGCUGCUACUUCUAUGAGUAUUUCUUGUGCUUGAAGGUGCCAGCUUCUUAAUUAGUUCUUAGAAUAUGUAAAUUAAUUAGUUUGUUUUUUUUAGAUGUUAAUUAACUCUAUUAACACAUGUUAGGCAUAUUUGUAUUUAGAUUUUUAAUAUUCUCAAAGUUUUAUUUUCUUUAAAUACUUCCUCAGUUGUACACUCUAAAAUUUAUAUUACCAUAUUAAACAAGUUUAA